GUGUUCAGCUCCGUACUCCUGGUUUUACAGUUCUGUUUUGAUUUUCAUCCUGCAACGUAAUUUUUCUGUUAAAAGAUCCUGAUAUUUAUCGAAAAUUACGAUGUAAUUAAGAAAUACCUAAGCGUGAAAGAAUUACACAACGAUAGGUUGAGAGUUGAAUAUAUGUUUUCAAGGAAGCGCACAUAUUAGAGGUAUAAGACACAAAAUGGAGCUGUUAGCAUCUCUGAAGCGAUCUUCGGUCGUCCACCUUAUGUUUGCCAUCACGUUUUUCACGUCUGGAUUGAUAAUUAAUCUACUACAAUUCAUACUUUACGUCGGCCUUCGACCGUUUUCCAAAUACCUGUAUAGAAAAUUGAAUUAUUACCUGUGCUACUCAUUCUACUGCCAAUUAGUAUUCAUGGCUGAAUGGUGGUCCGGAACAGACGUGAUAUGUUACAUAAAUAGAGACGAGUUUGACAAAUAUUACGGCAAUGAACACGGAUAUCUAUUGAUGAACCACAGUUACGAAAUCGAUUGGUUAAUCGGUUGGAUGUUUUGCGAACGCAUAAAAAUGUUAGGGAACUGUAAAGCUUACGCGAAGAAAUCAAUCCAGUAUAUCCCGACGCUGGGAUGGGCGUGGAAAUUCGCAGAGAGUGUAUUCCUCGAAAGAAGUUGGGAGAAGGACAAGGAAACUAUCGGCCAACAAAUCAGAGAGUUGGCUGACUACCCGGACACAAUGUGGCUAUUGAUGUACGCCGAGGGGACACGUUUCACGCCGGAGAAACACGAAGCCAGUCAAAAGUUUGCGCAAGAGAAAGGUCUGCCGGUACUGAAACAUCACUUGACUCCUCGCACAAAAGGAUUUACAGCAAGUCUUCCACAUUUAAGAGGCAAAGUGGGUGCCAUCUAUGAUAUUCAGUUGGCUUUUAAGCCGACGGAAAUUGUUAAGCCCACUAUGACGAAUCUUCUUCUAGGAGAGAAGGUAGAAGCUCACAUGUACAUAAAUAGAAUUCCGCUCGAGGAUGUCCCCGAAGGGGACGAAGCUGCUUCGGCAUGGCUUCACCAAAUCUAUCAGAAAAAGGAUCGGAUGGCGGAAAGUUUUGUACAAACCGGAGACUUCUUUGCCACCAGUGGAGUCCCUCCGACAGGGAGCUUCAAAUUGGGAAGAAGAUGGUACUCUCUAGUAAACACCACGUUAUGGGCCAUCGUCGUUCUAGUUCCCAUGCUCUACUAUCUUAUCAAACUACUAUUAUCAGGUUCCACGGUGUACUUUUCCAUCGGAGUUGGAAUAAUCAUACUAUUUUUCCUGUUAAUGUACAAAACCAUCGGUAUGUCUCAAAUAAGCAAAAGCUCUUCUUACGGAUCUGCAGAGACUAAAAAAACUGAUUAAACAAAAUACGACACUCAUAGUAAUGGUCUUUCGGUUUAA